AUGUUUUGUGCCAUUUCUGGAGAGGCGCCUGAGGUACCCGUUGUCUCUGUCAAAUCUGGCAAUCUUUUCGAAAAGCGAUUGAUUGAAAAGUACAUUGCUGAUCAUGGUAAAGAUCCCGUGAGCGGCGAAGAACUGACGGUUGAAGAUUUGGUCGAAGUGAAAGCACAUCCAGAAACUGUACGACCGCGACCACCCAAACUUUCAUCAGUACCUUCCCUUUUGUCAGCACUUCAGAAUGAAUGGGACAGUGUCAUGUUGGAGGCAUUUACGCUGAAGCAGCAGUAUCAGCAAGUACGACAAGAAUUAUCGCACGCCUUGUACCAAAACGACGCAGCUACUCGCGUCAUUGCUCGUUUGAAGAAAGAACGUGAUGCUGCUCGCGAGGCACUUUCGAACGUUCAGGAGCAUUUGGGCGCUGCUGCACCUGCUGCUGCCGCACCAGAAGCUACACCGUCAGAGUCUAUGGAAGUGGAUAGCUCAGGAUUACCAGAGGAAGUUGUGAGCAAGUUUGACGAAACCAACAAAGUAUUAUCAGAAGGUCGUCGUAAGAGAAAGCCGCCAGCUGAACACACAUCUGUCGACCAGAUUAAGACGUUUACGCAGACCUCGACAAUCCCAUCCAUGCACACAACGCGCUCGCCUGGCAUUACCUGUGUUGAUGUCGAUCACAGCGGACAAUAUAUUCUGACGGGUGGCAACGACAAGCACGUACAAAUCUACAACAAGGCCGAAGAAAAGGUCUUUGCCAAUCUCACUGGACACACCAAGAAGGUCACUGCUGUCAAAUUCAGAGGACAAGAAGUUGAGCACGAUGUUGCCAUCAGUGCGAGUGCUGAUAAGCACGUGCGUGUCUGGGUUCCCGGUGGAAACAAAGGCUAUCAGCUCGGACACAAUAUCACUGCACACGGUGCAGACGCUACGGAUAUUGCAGUCCAUCCUUCUAAGGAUUACUUUGUCAGUGCUGGUAUGGAUAGCAAGUGGUCAUUGUAUGAUUUCGAAACGGGCAAGUCGAUUGUGGAUACUGUGGACCCUGAAACACAAGCCGGUUAUACUGCUAUUGAGUUCCAUCCCGACGGCAUGAUUCUCGGUACCGGUACUGCGGACUCGACUGUCCGCAUCUGGGACGUCAAAGCCCAGCGUGUUGCUGCUUCGUUUGGUGAACACGCUGGCAAGAUUAACGCCAUGGCAUUCUCAGAGAACGGUUAUAUCUUGGCAACUGCAUCAGAGGACAACCUUGUCAAGCUUUGGGAUUUGCGUAAACUCAGCAACACCAAGACCUUCACGCUCGACGAAGGUUACAAGAUUAACUCGCUGUCGUUUGACAAUUAUGCCCAGUACUUGGCAGUGGGUGGCACUGACGUCAGAAUCCUCAAAGCCAAGGAUGGUUCUCAACUUGCCGCAUUCUCGGACAACACGGCUGAAGUCACUGGUGUCAAGUGGGCUCCUCUUGCUCAAUCAUUGUUGGCAGCAGGCUUGGAUCGCACUGUCCGGUAUUACACCACGCCCAAUUAG